CAAGUUUUGCUCUCACUGCAUUCAAAAUAAGCUGUUACGUUAAGUUUGCGUGGGAAAGGAAACAGAGCCAAUUAUUGGACAGUUUCAGUGGGUCAGCCCUUCUGUGGUAAGCAGAGCUAAUACACCUGUCAUCAUGGAAAAUGUGGAGACGCGCUGCUUUCAGCAAACUUUCCUUAUCUUCCGGGAACUGGGGAGUCUCUGAAAUAAAGUAAACAGUGUUGGAGACGAGAGGCAAGAAGAAGAGGCAGAAGUGGGCAAGGCAGGGUUAUUAUCAUAGCCGAGCAGGAAAUUGUGUUUUCUGUCAGGAAUAUAUCCCGCCGUGACGCGAGCCUGUAUGUAACAGCGGGCUGAAGUCGACUUUUAACAGCAGGGCAUCAAAGUUCCUCUUUCUACUGCAGAGCUCAGCUUCGGUUGCCUUACAUGAGAUCAUAGAAAGCAGCCUCUAAGAACAUCUCGAUGCGACUGAGCUGAGCCAGUUAACCUGCACUUAGGGGUCUAGGUUAAAGGCACCAUGCCUCAGGCUGCUGACAUCAUCAACCUGGGCUUCCUGACGGAGUCUGAGCAGGAGCUGAUCCUGGAGGUGCUGCGGCGGGACGAGGAGCUAAGACAGGCUGAGGAGCAGCGUGUGCGUUUUGUUUCGUCUCAGGAAAUUGAAGACAGAUUUGCUGGAAGUAAAGAGGAAAGGGGCCAAACGUGGCAGUGGAAAAUACAGUCAGCGUAGUUGUGGCAGAUGCCAGGAGCCUCUGAGUCGACUGACUGUUUUUCCCAGCCAGUGCAAGAUGUGCAAUCACCACGUGUGCCGCAGCUGCCGAACAGUCCUCCCCGAAGGAUCCUGGCUGUGCAGUGUGUGUGCCAAAGAGACGGAUCUAAAGAAAAGGACAGGUGACUGGUUCUACGAUCAAAGGGUCAACCGUUUCUCCACAAUGCCUGGACAUGACUUAGUGAGAGUCUCCCUGAAAAAGAGGCCUCAGCUGAACAAGCAGACAGCAGGAGAAAUUCUGUUGAGAAGUACAGAAAUAAACCAACCUAUUCCCGUGCCUCGGUCCAGGCAGAUAAAUCAGACUGGUAACAAAGGUCAUGGAAGCGAGAAUUCUGGAUCAAUUGCUUCAAGGGAAUCAUUUGAAUCAAAGGAGGGUAUUUCGUCAAAGCCAACACGCAGUGACACAGAGUCUGCAGAAACUGUCAGUGUUAUUAGCAGUAAAUCUACGUCCGAGUUAAGGAGUGACGAUCACUUGGUUCAGUCCAGCCCAGCGGGAUCUGGUGUCUCCAGUAGGGCUGUCACAAUCAAAGAAGAUGUUGUUAUCAUUGACGACGCAGACACAGAAGCUAACACUGCCCCAGAAAUAAAACCGAUCAGCCCAAGCCCGGAUUUGGAAGUCGAUAGACUCUUCAAAAAGAGCAUCAAACGAAACCCAAGGCCUUCUGCAGAGUAUGUAUCGACAUUGGACCUGCGGGAUGGACCUGACACAUCAGAGGCUCCAAUGGGCAAAAGGAGCCGUUCUGUACCCGGCCUAGACAUACAGGAAGUUGGAGAGGAGGAGGAAGAUAUUGACAGCUUGGUCAGCUUUCAUAAAAGGACAAUGGCUUCGAGCUCCUCCAGCCUACGUAGCUCAAUGAGCACACUCGGCAGCAUGAUGAGUAUUUAUAGUGAAGCAGGAGACUUUGACAACGUGGAGGUGAGCGGAGACGUCGUCUUCUCUAUGAACUACGACGAACACACCCAGAGCCUCCAGAUCUUCAUCAAGGAGUGCCACGAGCUGGCCUACGGCGACGCCUCACGGCAGCUUUCCAACCCUUAUGUCAAAUGUUAUCUACUCCCUGACAAAUCUCGCCAGAGCAAAAGAAAGACCAGCAUCAAGAGAAACACGGUCAACCCCGUCUACAAAGAAACACUGAAGUACUCAAUCAGCCGCUCUCAGCUGUUCACCCGCUCCGUGUUGAUAUCAGUCUGGCAUCAUGGCCGCCUCAGCCGCAACGCCUUCCUGGGAGAGAUGGAGAUCCCUCUGGACUCCCGAGACCUUGACUCCCCGUACGAGGAUCGUGUGGCUCUCAUGGCGAAGGCAGCCUCUGCUGUCCCGGCCUCAGCUUUUGCUCAGUACAAAGGAGAGUUGGUGAUCUCCUUGAAGUAUAUCAUGCCUAAAAAGCCAACAGCUGAGAAAAUCAAACGCAAAAAGGUGAUUACUGAAGAAGGGGGGGAACUUCAUAUCCUUGUUAAAGAGGCAAAGAAUUUGAUGGCAAUGAAACCAGGAGGCACCUCAGAUAGCUUUGUAAAAGGGUACUUGUUCCCAACUAAGUCAAAGAACACAAAGCGGAAGACUCCAGUUGUGAAGAAGAACCUGAACCCCCACUACGACCACACAUUUGAGUACAAGGAUCUGACUCUGGAGCAGCUGAAGGGCAUGUGUCUGGAGCUGACUGUGUGGGACAGAGAGGCCUUGGUGAGCAAUGAAUUCCUGGGAGGAGUCCGUCUCAGCUCUGGAAAAGGCAUGGUGAAAAUAGGAAAAGAGGAAGUGGAAAUGGACUCUGUUGGGGAGGAGAUCAGUCUAUGGGAAAAGAUGAUGCAGUACCCUGACUCGUGGGCAGAGGGCACUCUUCCACUGCGUUCCACUAUGGAGAAGAAAAAGGGCAAAUGAGGACGGCACAGGCCUGGACCCUUCCAGAGACUGAAAAGGGGAGAAGCUGUGUGGUCUGAGACAAAUAUGACAUUGUGGAUUCAUUUUACUUUGCAAGCUUAUCAUACCAGAAGCUUGUCUACUGACUUGAACAAACAUGCAACCGAUUGGCUCUAAGCAGGCACACAGUUGAUUGGUCUGCUGAAUGCUAAACAUCUGCUCUCACCUGCCCCCCUACAAUGGGGACUGUUGGCAGUGUGCUAAAGCAUCACAACACUAAACUCUGGAUUUAUUUUAGAUGCAUUUACACAGUCAUUUUAUGUUUUUAAAAUUCAAGCUGUGUGUAUUAUUGCAAUUCAAAUUCAUUCACCUAAAUUCAGCACUUAGGACAGAAACAUUGUCAUUGUGUGUCACCAUUUUCUUUAUUAUUGUGUACAGAAUUUACUGAUACAUGGGAAAACAAUUCAUUAUAGACUGGUAUUAUCUUGUGUUGCAUCCAACAAAUUGCGCUUUGCUUAAUUGAUACCAUUUUAUUUAACAUUAAUACUAUCACAUAAAAUAUAUUUAUAUAAAUUGCACAAAAAGCCUUAUUUGAAAUUAUUAAAUGUCUAUUUGCAGAUAUAAAUGUAGAUUUUUAACUUUGUCAUCAGAGUCAUGUUCACCUCAAGGUUGUCUUGAAUGUUCUGUUCACCUAAUAAAAAUGUAGUAAACCCAA